AAAAUUCACUUCUAUACCCAAAGGUUGACCUUGUUAUAACUCUUGGUGGGGAUGGUACUGCUCUAUGGGCAGCGUCGAGGUUUAAAGGACCAGUGCCUCCAAUAGUUCCAUUUUCCAUGGGAUCUCUGGGAUUCAUGACUCCUUUCCGUAUCCUUCAUCUUUCUUUUAACAGUUUCUUUAUAAAGUUCCUGGGAUCUUUUUCACACCUAUCUGUCCUCAUUCUGUCUUUCCGCCCACUGAUAUUACCGGACCACGUGACAUUGAAAGUGAAAGUGCCACUGGACAGCAGAAGCUCUGCGUGGGUGUCUUUUGAUGGGAAAGGCCGGAAAGAACUUAAAGCAGGGGAUACACUUGUGUGUAGCAUGUCACAGUGGCCUGUCUCAACGGCUUGCCAAGUCGAAUCCGCUAGUGACUUCCUAAGAAGCAUCCACGAUGGUCUUCACUGGAACCUAAGAAAGACUCAGAAUUCUGACGGCCCUCGUGAAACUUGA